AUGGGUCACCCACGACCUCUUGGCGAUCAAGAGAAAAACAGGACGGAAAGUCUCACUCUCAUCCAACUCUGUCUGUUUCCUGAACGUCCUAUGUCCUUCGCGCCGCACGUUUGGAAAACCUUGCUUCCCUUUCGAUUCUUCGGUGUAUGCUUCAAAACGGAGUUUGUUACUCUAUCAGAAUUGAGAGAAGAUUUACCCGGGCGAUUCGGCUUGCCCGAGGUCACAUUACCGGUGUUCAUCAUGGACUCUUAUAACAUUGCUCAAUAUUUAGAGAUAACUUUUUCGUCCACCGCGAAAUCAAUUUACGCAUCUGCAGGUAAUGGCGCGGUGGAAGACACCAUUGCCGGACGCGCACACGCACGUUUCAUUGAACAAUGGGUCGAUAAAUGCAUGGCUCACGAGAUCAGGCCCUGUGUUCUCUAUACUGUACGUGCCACUCAGUCGGAUGACAAAAGCAAGCAACAUUUCCUGGCAAAGUUUGGUCGGGUCAAACUGGACGAGCUAAUCGCCCAGAACUCGGACAUGACUUGGAAAAAGGAACAGUAUACCCGGGUGAGGAAGCAACUGGGAGUUUUGGAUCUGCUUUUGCAAGAACGGCAUGAACGCGGAGAGCCUGGGAAAUUCAUCGCAGGGACGAAACCAACGCACGCAGACUUCUGUAUAUUUGCAUUUUACCCGUAUUCUUUGACGAAUCCAGAGCUGGUACGAAACACUUGGCGCCACCCAGACCUUCAGUAUGUUUCAGCAUGGUUGGAUGCCAUGUUCGAUUCGAGUUUGGUUUCGAGGGGAGAACUACUGCCCUCAAACUUCAUAGAGACCGAAGUUCUUGAUGGACAGUGA